AUGCCUCCGUUCACUUCCACUGCUGUUGCAGUGGCCGCUUCCAUGCUGGUCGCCACCACAGAAGCUCACAGCUACAUGUCCGACCCGAUGCCGACAUGGUCCGUUGGUUACCCCACGACCAAUUACGCCGGACUGAUCGAUGGUCAGGACUACCUCCCUGUUCCCGACGGCAUGUCCUACGGUGGAACUCCUGAGGGUAACACGGAGGCCUACUGGACGGCCUUCAACGCCAGCAAGUACACCUCGCUCAAGGACCUCGCGGACAAGACGAUGGUGCUGCAGUCACUGAAUCCGUUCGGUAAGGCAACAAAAGAGUGCGGAUUUUCGAUCCCCAACGGUAGCAAGCGCAACUUGCCCGCCCAAGUGCAAUGGAAGGAUUUCGGCUACUCCCACCAGGGACCGUGCGAAGUCUGGUGCGACGACAAGCUGGCAUUCAUGGACACCAACUGCGCGCUGCAUUACCCGGAGGUACCUGCGUUUUUGCCCUACGAUAUCGAUGUUUGCAUCGGCGCGAAGAUGAUACAGUCGUACUGGAUCGCACUGCACGGUCUCCCGUGGCAGCUCUACCUGAACUGCGUACCUCUCACGGGCAAGACGAACGGUACGUCCAACGCCGUCGCCGGUGAGAGCGACUCGACCCAGGAGCAGACGACGACAGCGCCGUCGCCUGCUACUACCGAUGCCCCAGAGACCACAACCGAGUCGACCAGUGCCUCUGCUGACAGCUCGCCUGCAAGUGCGGCUGGUACGCCGGAGACUACGGACACGGACGCAUCCGACGGUGCGACGCCCGAGGUGACACCCGCCACCCCAACCGUGACCACGGCCGCCCCGACGGCAACCCAGCCUACUUCACAGAACGAUGAGGGGGCUACUGGCGCAAAGUGCUCCCGCCGCCGCAAAUAAGCGCCAGCCGAUAGAUUAGUGUCCAUAAAUGCGUUUGAUGUAGUCAAAGUGAAUCGUGCAAUUUUGAUAGCUGUCCGA